AUGGCUCAAACCGUUUUCUCCUCCUCAGUCUUUUCUCCUUCCUUCCCUCAUCGUCAUCUCCCGAACCUCAACCUCCGAACCUCAUCCCUAACCUAUCAUCUUUCUUCUCCGAUUCACCGAACCACCACUUCCAUUGCCGCUGCUAACGUUUCCGUUGCUCCGAAUGCCAUUACGUCGGUUCAGUCUGUUCCUCAGCUUAUUGAGUCGUUGAUUAGUGGCGUUGAUUUGACGGAAGCUGAAGCUGAAUCGUGUCUUCAUUUGCUGUUGAAUGAAGCUAGUGAAGCUUUGAUUAGCGCUGUUCUUGUGCUUUUGAGAGCUAAAGGAGAAACUGUUGAAGAAAUUGCGGGGCUGGCGAAGGCUAUGAUGAAACAUGCUACAAAGGUUGAAGGUUUAGGUGAUGUGGUUGACAUUGUUGGCACGGGAGGGGAUGGUGCAAACACGGUUAACAUUUCAACAGGGGCUUCCAUUCUUGCUGCUGCUUGUGGUGUAAAAGUUGCCAAGCAAGGAAGCCGGUCCAGUUCUUCUGCAUGUGGAAGUGCUGACGUGUUAGAAGCAUUAGGAGUUGUUAUCGACUUGGGUCCUCAGGGGAUUAAGAAGUGUGUGAAUGAUGUGGGAAUCGGGUUUAUGAUGUCUCCAAGGUAUCACCCUGCAAUGAAGGUUGUCAGGCCUAUAAGAAAGAAGCUGAAAGUAAGAACUAUAUUUAAUAUCUUGGGUCCGAUGUUAAAUCCAGCACAAGCACCUUUUGCAGUUGUUGGUGUAUACAAAGAAGAUUUGGUCUUCAAAAUGGCCAAAGCGCUUAAUAGAUUUGGCAUGAAAAGAGCUUUAGUUGUCCACUCUGAAGGCUUGGAUGAAAUUACUCCUAUGGGACCUGGUCUAGUACUUGAUGUUACUUCAGAAAGGAUUGAAAAAUUCUCAUUUGAUCCCUUGGAGUUUGGCAUUCCUAGGUGCAGUCUUGAAAGCUUAAUAGGUGGUGACCCAGAAUACAAUGCAGAGGUUCUCAAACGUGUUCUGGGUGGAGAGAAAGGACCUAUUGCAGAUGCUUUUAUUCUCAAUGCGGCAGCAGCUCUCAUGGUCAGUGGCUUUGUGAGGAACCUACAUGAAGGGGUUUCUUUGGCGCGUGAAACACAACAAUCAGGAAAAGCUCUCAAGACUCUCAACUUGUGGAAGGAUAUCUCAAAUCAAAUAAAAGCUGACGCUGCCAUAUAA